UGCUCAUCGUCCACAAUGCCGGACAAACUCUCUGAACAGUCUCUUCUUCUCAAAAUGCACCACGCGCGCCGCACGCCCGAGAACGACCGACGCGACGCGUGGCGUCGAACCGACGGAUCAGGCCCUUUCGCUGUCAAGAUGGCGUCGAUCAGAGACAGGCGGCACACCGCCGAGACGGAAUCUGCCGUUGAUUACGUCCAAGUGGACGGCCUGGUGGUGCUCAAGAUCAUCAAGCACUGCAGCGAAGAGGCCGGAGGCCUCCUGGACGUCGCCCAGGGCGUACUUCUGGGCCUGAUAAACUCGAACUUCGUCGAGAUCACCAACUGCUUCCCGAUACCGCCUCGCCAUGCGGAGGAAGAAGAGGUGGACGACAUGGAGUACCAGAUGGAGAUGAUGCGCCAGAUGCGGCACGUCAACGUCGACCACCUGCACGUCGGCUGGUACCAGAGCUCGAACUUCGGUAGCUACUCGAACCGGACCCUUCUGGAGUCCCAGUUCGGCUACCAGACCAACAUCACCGAGUCCGUGGUGCUGAUAUACGACCCGAUCCGUACCACCAAGGGAUUCCUUUCCUUGCGCGCGUUCCGCCUCAGCCAGCCGGCCAUGAAGCUGCUGGCCAGCAACGACUUCAGCUCCGAGCAGUUCAGGAACGCUCGGUGCUCCUUCGAGAACAUGUUCGAGGAGAUUCCCGUGGUGAUACGCAACUCUCACCUCGUCAACAUCCUGCUCUGCGAACUGAGCGACACCACUCCCGUCGACGUGGGCAAGCAGCUGCUGGACAUGAGCACGGCGUUCGUUUUCGAAAAGAACCUGCAGGCUAUGAUGAUGUGCGUUGACGCACUGAACCAGGAGACAAACAAGUUCAUCAACUACCAGCGCCAGGUGAUGCGCCAGCAGCAGCAGAAGCAACAAUACCUCCUGAAGCGAGCCCAGGAGAACAGCGCGCGCGCCCAGAAGGGCGAACCCCCGCUGCCCGAGGAGGACAUCAACAAGCUGUUCAAGCCCAUCCCGACGCCGUCGCGUCUAGAGUCGGUGCUCCACUGCGGCCAAGUCAACUCGUACUGCCAGCAGGUGUCCCAGUUCGCCACCCAGAACCUGGGCAAGCUGUUUAUGGCCGAGGCGCUGCAGCUGGAGGGGAAGCCAGCGGGAAUGCUCCCGUAAGGUCGCGCUAGUGAAAGGAAGGAAGGGGGGGGUCGCGCGUCGUAAAGCGCGGUCCUCGGAAAUUGGUCCUAGGGGUUUAUCGCGCCGAGAUUUCUUUUCUUCGAAAAUCAUUCUCCCUAUUUAGUCGAAGUUGCCAGGUAAACACAUGCCGCGUCGUAAUGUAAGGGCAUGCGAAAAACGUGGAAGGUCGGCUUCAGUGGCUCGCUAUUGGCUCGGAACUUUUUGUCCCUCGUUCCCCCUCCCGUCUAAUCUUGUUGAUCGAGUAGGGUAAUUUAGUUCAAACUCCCUUGCUUUUGAAAGCUGAAAGGAACCAAACCUUUGCUACCUAAUUUCUAUCUGAGCUCUGUAUUCCUUUCUUAUCUUUGAACCAUUCCCCUUUCUACAAGAUCUGUUAAAACCUCCAACAUGCUGCAAGCACCAUUUUUCAGUCUUCGUCUGCGUUUCUUUGACACUCUGUCGCUCUCCCUGCACAACUUAUUUAUUAUUCCUGUUAUCUUGAUCUUUUGCAUGUGGUUUGUUUUUGCGUUUGCAUUUGCUUUAGGGAUACCGCUGUAUCUCCUUGGUAAUAGCCUGCACAACUUUCUAAAAUUUUUCAUGUUGUUUGCAUGCUUGUUCACGAACAUCUGCAUGUUGACAUGUUGACUACAGUACCUAAAUUUGUCUAUCCCUAAUUGGUUUCGCCAAAUCCCAACUCCUGCCCAUAAAGUUCUCACUGCCUCGUAAUGGUGUGCGCAUCCUCGCCGGACACCGCGUGCAAAAGUUAUUUAGAUAACUGCGCGGAAGUUGUGAAAAGUUGUCCUGACGGCCAUUUUGUUGUCACUUCCACGGCGCGUUGCAGCAGACGGUCAUGCCAGUAUUCGCACUUCGACGUUCUUCCGCAAGCGACCUCUAGGAAUAAAGGAUCAUCUUUUUUUCUAAUGAA